CCCGCAAUAGUUGUUCAGGUUUGAUAGUGGUAAGUUACAUAUAGUCCGGUGGUCCGCACUUAUCCGCACUUAUCCGUACUGGUUCGUGCUGUUCAACACUUCCGUACCUGUAUAUCGUGUUUCUCUUGUAGCAUAUUUAGCGGCUACGACGAUUACGACUAACGACUACGACGACUACUACGACGACGACGACGACGACGAUGACGAAGAGGUAGAUGAAGAUACAAUAGUAGCAGCCGACAAGUAGGAAGAAUUGUUUAUAAAAGGGAGAUAUAUUAAUAAGAAAGAUAUAUUAUAAGUGUUGAGACGGAAUAACGUGGGAGACACUUCGAGGUACAUCCGUUUAAUUUGAAGUUGACGGAACUUAUGUGCGUAUAUGUAGUUUUGCGUCUUGAACAAUGCGAAACUGGUGGUUGUUUUGAGUUGAACAUUUUUCCCCAAAUAGAUAAUGGUCGUAGAGUGUCGUGUACAUCAUUAACAAUCGGCUGGAUAGCCGUACACAGGGGAUAAGUGUUUAAUUAAAAUUGUCAUUGGUAUAGUUAGGGAAAUAAAAGGGACGAUGUACAAAUGCGUUUAGCUGUUAUCGAGUUCGUGACGGCGGAAUGCAACGAGCUAUGUGGAAAUGCGAUUACCCGCUCUUUUACGUAGUGGACUACUACGGGUGUUGUGCUUCAACGAAUUGUAUCCAGGUAUUUUAGGAAGGAUCGACCUUAUCUUGUUGUUGAAUUCGAUUUUAUUUCAUUCUCGGCGUGCUCUUCGAAUCUACCGAUAAAAGUCGAUCACCGACUUUUAUUCCUAAGAGGAGGAGCAUCGUCCUCCUCUCCUUGUUAUUCUGCAAUUUUCACCGCCUUGACGUGAUUUACCCGGUUUACCCGCCACACGACGGGUUAUGUUUCCCACUUUUAUAGGGAUCCUAGACAUACAAUCGUGGUGGGAGGUGCCAAGUAUAGCACACUUCUGCUCAUUAUUUAGGGCUGCCUUCAAUCUUCUAGACUUUGACAUUGAGGAUUUAGAAGAAGCAUUAUUAACGGACGGAGGCACAGAAGGUCGUUUAGUGCAAGAGUUAAUAGUAAAAUUAUUAGAAGGCUGUUUACCUAACGAUACUCGCAAUGACAUAUCUACUUUUAAUUAUCAAAUGUUUCUUCGUAGACUGUUCCGGAAAAAAUGUCAGGAAUAUAAAUGUGAAAAUCCAUUUAAUACUGAUGUAGACUUUGAAUUAUUGCCACUUCGUCAAAAAGUAGAAAUAUUACGUGCCCUCUGUGAUUUCAGACUAGACGCGGAAGACGUAGAGCAAUCUUUAAGUAAUCUGGACUCAGAUAGUCUGCGAGUUGAACCAUUGGGUCAUGAUCGUAAGAACUCUGCUUAUUGGUACUUUUACGGCACUCGAUUGUACAGGGAGGAUUAUAUCGAUACUACUGUUAGUACCUCAUUCAAACAGAGCAACAAAUCAAGAGAGAAAAAACGUAAAAAACGACGGAACAGAGUGGCGAAAAAGGAAGAGGAAGAGGAGGAGAAGGAGGAAAAUAAUCUAAUAUAUAAAACAAAUAACGAAAGGGAAAGUGUAUGGCAGGUUGUUUGCUUUACUCAACAAGAUUGGAGUCGUUUGGUUGAAAAAUUUCGUGAUUCAGAAUACGAUACAGAGCGUAAACUUUAUCGUACCCUAUCAGAAGAUUUUAUGCCUGAAAUACCAAAACUUUUUGAUUUGAAAGAGAAACAGCAAAGGCGUAAACUUCUACAACAUAAUAACUCAAGGGUUCUUCGAAGUCACGAGCCUGCGACUCAAAUGGAAACAGUCAUGGUCAGAUCAAAGAUUAAAACAAAGAAUAGCAAAGGAGCAAAGAGAAGUUCUCAGAGUACUAAGAAUGUUUAUGUUAAAGAUAAAAGUUCUCCACCGUUAAGUGUGCCGCCUAUACAAAAGAAAGGUAGACAAACUAAUAAUUCAUUAGCAUCUGCAGUUGGCCAAAUUGUGAUUCACACUAGAGAUGAAGUGGAAAAUUUAGAAAAGAAGAAAGGCAUUAGUAGUCAUGGUGAUAAUUAUGUUUCUUCUAAUUAUGGAUAUAAAUAUGGAUAUUCAUUUAAAAUCGAAGAGGAGGAACGUCGUGUAGGUAUGCAUAAGGUACUUGAAAGCUUAAAAGACCAUGUGGACGCAUGGCCUUUCAUUGAUCCUGUGGAUGAAGAGUAUGCUCCUAGAUAUUAUAGCGUGGUACGAAGACCAAUGGAUCUUAGCACAAUGGAAGAGAAAUUGGAAGGUGGAUCUUAUAAAAGUUUAAGUUUAUUCAAACGUGAUUUUCGCCUUAUUGUAGACAAUUGCAGACAAUAUAAUGGUUCUGAUAAUGAAUAUACUGAAAUGGCAAUUAAUUUAAAAGAAGCAUUUGAUAAGGCAGUAAACCGUUAUUUAGAAUCUGAAGCAUCGAGUGAUGAAGAUCUUUCAUCGACAAGAUCAGCAUCUAUGUCUCCUUCGUCUGUUUCUUAUCCCGUAACUACUACUUCUCCUUCUACGAUGCAGCAUACUGUAAAAAAGGGCUUAAAAAGGUCCAACAAAAAAUCGAAAUCUGUUAAAUCUGAAACUCGAGCAAAAUCAAAAAUUAGCGUGGAAGACGAAGAAGAAAAACCAAGCAAAAAUUUAAAAUUUACUAAAAAGAAAAGAGGUAAAAGAAAAUCCAAGAAAAUAAAGCCAGAAGAUAUUGUCGAAGAAGAGGAAGAAGAGGUGGAGGAAGAAGAGCAAGAAGAGGAAGAAGAGGAGGAAGAAGAAGAUACAGAGAUAAAAAAGGAAGAACGAAAUACACAGGAGGAAGAAGCUGACAAAUCAUUAUCAAAUGCUAAUGUUGUAAAAUCAAAAGGGAAAAAACAACACAUAAAUACAAACAAUGUUUUAUUAAAAACCAAAAAGCUGCCUCCCAAAGAACCGGAAGAACUUAAACGUGCAAAUAAAAAAAAUAAACAUCAACAGAAAAAAGAUGUAGAGAUAAUCCGUUCUGGAAAAGAAGGGAAAAAACGAAAAGAAGAUUUUGAAGAAAGUUAUGAACCUUCUAUUAUUGCAAAAAGUAGAAGUAGAAAAAUAGAGAAAAAAGAACUUGAAAAUACUUUAAUAGCAGAAAAUACAAAGAAAUGUAAAUUAAAACGAGUAGAAUCUCAAGAUAAUAAUACAGAAAAAUCUCUACACGUAAAGGUAAAGAAAAAUCGUAAAAAGGAAAAAGAAGAAACAAAAAUGAAUUUAAAAUCGGACGAGGAAUUCGAUGGGAAGAAUUUAACGAAAGAAAAAGAAAAGGAAAAAAAAUCAAAACAGAAGACUGAAGAAAAUGUAAACAAUGGCGAAUUAACAGAUCUUGUAGAUUCCAAAGAAGUAGAAAUAGAAACAAAUAUACACAAGUCAAAACAAUUUGAUACUUGUAAGAAACCUGCUGCGUUAGUAAAUAAUAAAGAUUUGGAGUCACUUGAUAGUUUGAAAGAUAAGGUAAGUGAAAGACGUCGUGAAGAAAAAUUAAAACACGAGAAGGAAAAGCAGAAAAAGAAAGAUAUUCAGAGUGCAUACUCAAAAAAAGUGCCUUCAAACGGUAGUACAUUACAUGAUGGAGAUAAAGUCAAUUUAAAGCGAUUGAAGUCUAAAAAAGGGGUAAAAGAUGAAAAGUCGAUUGUUAUAGGAGACCUAAAUAAGAGUCACAACCAUGAAGUAAAUGAUGGUAAGAAAACAAAAAAUGCACAAGUUAGACAUACCAAAGCAUUUGGUAAAGAAGAAAGUUCAGCGAUACAAGCCUUAAAUCAAGCAACAGAGCAAACGCUUAAUGAUAUCAAUAAAUGGCUUGAUGAUGCACCUCGACUUUCGGAAUUUUCUUCUGGCAGUGAUUCACCAGUAUUUCAUUCUUCCAUUGAAUCGAACAAAUCAGGACCAAAGUUAGAAGCUCCAAGAAAACGACCAAGUUCAAUUAAAAUUUUUGGACCACAUGGCCCAUCUAGACCAAAAAAAAUACAACGUACUAUAGAUCGUUUACAACCUGGUAAAAGCAAGGGAAAUUUAUUAUUAAAGAAACCAUUAAAUUUAUCUUCUUCCAAUGUUAGUGAUAUACCUACUCAUCAAUCUGCUAGUGAUAAUGUUAAACCUAGUACAGAUGUUAAAGAGGAACCAAAACUUAGUUUAGGAACUGUAUUGAAAAACGCUGAUUCAAUACAGUUAAUCUGUAAAGGUUUAGUUUCAUCACCAAAUCCUAAUUUUUCAAAUGACGAUGAAGAGGAAGAUCAUACUGCAGCAUCAGUAAAUUCAACAUCGAAUGCUGUUGAAGAAAAAUUACCUGCUAAUAAGGGGACAAUAUUACCAUUGACAACAGUGGAAGAAAUCAAGGAUAAUAAUGUUUGUACAGAGGAAGUUCAAAAACAAAAAUCCACAACGCCAAAUUUAAGUGCUUGGUUCAAAGCUUUUGGGGCACCAAAAUCAAAAAAGAAAGACGAAGAGGUAGAAGAAGGCGUGCCAAAGAAAGAUGGAGAAGUACAAGAAACGAUCUGCAAUAGACCAAGACGCAUGAGCACAGGUGGUAGCAGUUUAAGUGAAUCACUUUCUAGUUUCUCACAAGAAUCUCCACCCGGUCGUUGUUCUGGUCGAUCACCGCAAAAUCAACCUGUAGUGACUACAACUGAAACUCAAAUACGAGGUGCUGGAUUUUAUCAGGAUGCUUUAUCAACUGGUAGUAGUCCUUAUAAUAGCCCCUAUUAUGCUACACCGCCGAGGUAUAGUGCCCAGUUACCUCCUACUCCAUCACCUCAAAAUCAUCCAUUGUCUCCAGCAUAUCCAUCUCCUGCGUCAUAUGAACAAACUCCAAUAUAUCCUCAAAUACCAUCCCAAACUCCUCAAGUAUAUCCAAAAACAUCAUCCCAAGAAAAUUCUAACGAAGCUUAUCGUCAGCUAUCUCCUACAUUUUCUGCCCAAAAUAAUUUUCCACAAGGUUCAUCACAAAGUGAACCGUACCCGCAACAAAUAUCGUCUACUAACCAAACUCAAUCCGCCGGGUAUUCUCAACACUCUCCACAACCAUUACAUCCAGUUUUUUCACAGACUUCACCUCAAGCACCAUCUAAUUAUUCCCAACCAUCGCCUCAACAAUCAACUACGCCAAAAUAUUCUCAACCUUCUCCCCAACCAAGUUCAUCUAUCAAUUAUUCUCAAAACUCUCCUCAAGCAACGUCUAACUUUUCACAUCCUUCACCACAGCAACAACAUUCUCCGUAUUCUCAACCUUCUCCUCAGGCACCUUCAAAUUAUUCACGUCCAUCUUCGCCUCAACAACAUUCUCCAUUUCCACAAUCUUCUCCACAACAAUCGACUGUAUAUUCUCGAGCUUCUCCUCAACCACCACCAGUAUAUUCACAGCAACCUACACAAUCUCCACAUUUUUCACAGCCUUCGCCUCAAACACAUUCAAAUAAUUUCUCGCAACCAUCACCUCAACCACAUUCAAAUAAUUUCUCGCAACCAUCACCUCAACCACUCCCAACAUAUUCACAAACAUCUCCUAAGCCACAAAACUUUUCACAAUCAUCUCCACAGCAAAUACAAACAUUCUCGCAACACUCUCCACAAACGCCGCCUGCGUACUCUCAAUCUUCUCCACAAGCACAAGUUUCCUAUUCGCAACCUUCGCCACAAAACAAUUCCUAUUCUCAACCAUCUCCUCAACAACCACCACCUACUUAUUCCCAACCAUCUCCUCAACAACCACCACCUAAUUAUUCUCAACCAUCUCCUCAACAACCACCGCCUACUUAUUCUCAACCAUCCCCUCAACAACCGCCUAAUUAUUCUCAACCAUCCCCUCAAAAACCGCCUAACUAUUCUCAGCCAUCUCCUCAACAACAACCACCACCUACUUAUUCUCAUCCAUUACAUUCACCCCAAACGCCACCUAACUAUUCACAGUUGUCUCCACAACAACAAGCAGCAGGAGUAAGUUAUCCUCAACCAUCUCCUCAGCCAUCACAUGUUUAUUCUCAACCUUCUCCUCAACAGAAAUCUGUAUGUACCUCUCAACAACAAUCUACUACAUACUUGCAAUCACCUCCACAAGCUACGAAUUAUACGCAAUCUCAACCAAAAGCUCCUGAGGACUAUACGUCAAAUACGAUAGUAUCUUCAAGUUAUUCUCAAAACUUUAAACAAACUCAUUCAUAUUUACAAUCUCCUACAUUGUCAGUGAAUGAAUCGGAAAGGAGACAAGAAUUUUUGAAGUCUAAUAGUAGUGAUAAAACUUCGCCUGAGGAACAACGUAAUUUUAUCGUUCAGCCAGAUUCGUCGAUGAAUUUAAAUGCGAACCAUCAAAUUUAUCAACCUUCAAAUCAAUUUCCUACAGCAUAUCCAAAUAAUUUUUCUAAUAGUGAUAUGCAAAGAUCGAGUAGCAGACAUGGCAAUCAAGAACCACCACCAUCACAACAACAGCAGCAGCAGCAACAACAACAACAACAACAACAAUCGCAACAGCAAUCGCAGCAAACAUUGCAAGAACGACCAAAUUUUACUGAUCUUAGUGAUUCUGUAAAUGUUCAAAAAUAUACUCAACAAAGAACGUUCCUUAACAAAAACGCAAGUACUGGAGAUCAAAUUCAAGCACAAGAUCAAUCACAGAUUUUAACAUUUCAACAAAAUUUAACUGCACAUGAGUCUCUUUAUCAAAGUGGAUUUCAACUUUCGGGAUAUCCUGUAACAAAUUCUAGACCAGUAUAUCACAGUCCACAUUACUUUGAUACUGGCUCGAAAGCUGCUAGUGGUGGAACUUCAAGCACAACAAGUGGCAAUCUUCCUCCUGUAAAAAAGCGUGUAUAUAAUGAAUCGCCAAAUGAAUCAAGAAUCACUAAUACACAAGAAUCUACUAUACGACCUGGACAAGAACAAUUUAUUUAUGAUUCAAUGAUAGCACUUUCACAACCAGAAGCAGUUUCAGCUAGUCAAUUUGAGAGUGUAUUUGUUGGAACUUUAGCAGAUUCAGUUGCCACCAGUCCUGCAUAUGCACGAUUAGGUUUAGGUUUAGUAAGUCGUACUAAUAAAGAACAACAAUUAUUAACAAUUCCUAGACCACCACCUGCAAAACCAGAACAUUUGACUUAUGCACGUAGUCCUGUAUCAGGAACUGCUGAAUUGGAUUUGAAUCUCUUACAAAGUAUACAAAAUGCAGCAGCUAAAAAUUCAUCAGGAAUAUUGUCAAUGCCGAGAAGAAUGGGAGAAACACCAGCAGCACCCCCUGCACCGGUUACGACUAGGGCGAAAAAAAGUAAAAAGAGUAAACAGCAACAACAAGAACAACAAAAUGUCACUGCCUUAUCGUCUACAGUUAGUACAGAUCAACAAACGAGCAGCAGUAUACCGAAUUUUUCUCAAUAUUCGGGCACUCCUGGAGACAUUGGUUUAAAAAAUACUUCGGUAAUACCGCCAAGUGGGAGUGCCUUUAAUUUUGCUGCACCAACCAGUACCGCCACAAGCAGUUCACCCUUUUACGAUAAAGAAGCAUCUGCUGCAGCAGCAGCAUUUGCGUUUUUAGAUGAAUUUCGUAACACGAAUCCUUAUUACAGUAUGGCGCUUAGACAACAACAGCAACAACAACAGCAGCAACAGCAAGUUGUACCAGUAACAGAUACUGUGCAAUCAUCUUGUAACAAACUUAGUAAUCAAACUCCAAGAAAUUAUGCACCUCAUCCAUUUCUUCAUUCUGCACAAAGAUCAGCUGCUUAUGGACCCCACGUAUCUGCUUACGUUCCACCUCAUGGUCCAAAUCUAACAGUGGAUCCUGCCUAUCAACAAUAUCUUCAUUCCUUUUAUGCUCUACAACCACCACAUCAUCAUCAUAGACCGUCCUGGCUUUAGCCAUUACAAUUGAUAUAAAGUAUAUUUUACAUAUUACAUACUAUUUCGGUGGACAUAUUGCUUUAUAUAUAUAUUUUUAAUUUAAAGACAAUGCUUUUCAUUAAAAUCGA